GCAUAUAGGAUAAUAAAUAUAAUUAACACAUUUAAUAACUAGUAUAUAAAUUUAUGACAGAAAACAAAAUCUUAUCGAAUGUUUUAUCUAAAAUAAUUAGUGUUGCAAAUGAAAAUCAUCAGUUUAUAUACUAGAGAUUUACUUGUUCUGACUGAAAUUCGAAAAUUCGUAAUAGAUAUUAAAGUUCAUCAAUAAUGUUUUCAAAGUUUGACUAUUAAUGAAAAAUGCAAAUAUAACACUUACUGUCAAUGGAAUAUGAAAUGUAUCUGUACGAUAUUUCAAAAACAUUGAUGUGAUUGUAGUAGGGGAUAUAAAAAUUCAUAAACUUAGAGAUAUUGCGAUUGCUAGAAAAAGAUGUAUCAGUGAUCCAAUUAAUGAAGAAUAUAAAUUCACUGCUUAUCGUGACAGAAAGGAAAUGUCAUUACAAGAAAUGUUAAUAUUAUCUAUGCACAUCACUCUUGAGAAUGUACCAAUGAUCAAGGCGAAGACAAUCAAACUCGUUGAAGAUAAGAACAAUACCUCAGUAAAGAAACUUGUUUCUCCACUGCUUUUAGACAUUUUAAAUAAUUUGUCUUUGGUGGAAGCUGAUGUUAAUAUAUUCGAAUCGCCAAGCAAAUUCGGUUAUAGAUAUUUCUGAAGAUGUCACUGUUUUAGAAUCAAGUAUGAUGAAAAUAAGUGAAAGCAUCAUUGACUAUUGAAUAUGGAUAGUUGACAAACGGAGAAAGAGACAACUUAAACCAACAUCUAAAAUUUACAACAACCAGUGGUUUCGUUUUAUCUUGUGAAAAAAGAAACAAAUACAUAACUGGACAUCGAUUUUACAGGAAUUUCAAUUACCUACAGUUUUAGAGAAAUGUACUUCCGAGGAAUCUUGAAUAUUGUUAAAAAAUACUAUUAAAGUUCAGGAAAAUACCAUGAUUAUUAACGUUAAGAGCAAUGAAUUUAAGUGGUUGCAACAAGUGCAAACUAUACUUAUCAGGAAUGAAAAAUAGAAUAUCAAUAAUACGAGCGGCAUAUUUGUUGAAGAAGGAAAAUUCUAAUCUGGUCUUCAUUCUAGAAUUCAUUAAUUGUUUACAAAAUAAACCUGACUGAGACGUCUUCUGAGUUGAUUUACUUCGAGAUCUUAAAGUUUUCUUUAACUUUAAGACUUUACUCUUAUAUUUAUAUCAGCUACUUCCACCUCGCAAGUCCAAACUUACUUAUCACGCCAUUAUUAAUCAAUUGAGAUUUAAGUACGAUACGUUGAGUUGAAAAGCCAAUUACAAAGGAUUAUUAAAAUGAAGAUCUUGUUGUUUUUCAUUAUACAUCAUUGAAUUUUAAAGAUGUAAUGUUGUAAAUGAGUAAAAUAGCACCAGACGUAAAAACAAAACAAAAAAGAUUUAGAUAACCUAUUUGGAUUUGAAUACAGCGGAAUCACCAUUAAUAGUCAUCGUAUUAUGGGAGUUAACCGCAAUAGAUGUUUAUCAAAUUUUUGUCAGUUGGACUAAACUUUUUCUUGGACUGUACCUGAAAGUUGGAGUUUAGAGGAUACAGCAACUCUACUAAAUGCAGAGGCAGAAACUCGCAUUCUCUCGUGCGAUCUCAUCUUCGGUACGAGCGUGACAUGAAUCAAGUUAGCUUUGGGAAACUCCUGAAGAUCGAUGACGUAGCUUAAUCCUAGCCGAUUAGCGUCAGUCUUAUCGAUUACAUUACAAAGAGCGGUACAUACUCCUGGUAUUCUUGAAUAUUUGGCGAUAAACGAUUAAAUGGAUAAUAUAUUUUCUUUGAACAAUAUUUAUUUAAGAUGUUAUUUUCUUCUUACUUUCUUUGCUACGACGUAUGCAGCUCCAGGAGUUUUAGGAUCGUUUGCCGGUAGUAGUUCCGCUGCAUUCAGUAGUGCUUCAGCUAGUGCACAUGCAGGUUCUGUUGCAAGUGCAAUCAGUUCUGCAAAUGCUUUCACUGGUGGUGCUUUUCCUUCGAAAAAUCCUGAUGGAACAUAUGGAUUAACUCACCAGCAAGGCAUUUCUGCUGGGUCUGGAAGCUAUAUAGAACUUGGAAAUAUUAAUCCAGAUUCUAAUAAGUCUGGAUUAUCUCAUCAAGUCUCUGGUACUAAAGGAAGUUACAAUAAUAAGUCUCAAAUACCAUGUUCCGGAUGUUCAAAUAAUAAAGAAAAAUGGGAAUUAGAUAAUUAUGAUGACCAAUCUGAAGAAAAGGAAGAAGAAUGGCAAGAAGGGGAACAAGAUGAUUGUGAUGAUGGCCAAUACAGACUUGAACAUCAUUAUCACCAUCAUAAAAGUGGAGUAGAUAAGAAACAAGAAGAACAAACCAUGUCAAGCAUACAUAAAAUAGAAAAUACCAAUCAAUAUAAUUACAAUCAAGCUAAUAAUAAAGGUGGAUAUACAACCAGUGGUACCAAAGGACAGGGAAAUCUCAAUGAUAGAACAUACAAUAAUUAUGGUAAUCUUGGACAUGUUGGAGCAAAUAAUCAAAAUUUAAAUAAUAAUUAUGAUGCUUAUCAACAUAAUACCGGUGCUUUGAAAGAUUCUUUGCAUCCUUCUUCAAGUUGGACUGAUAUAAAUAAAAAGAAAGAAAAUGAAAAUAAAAAUUUAGGCAUUCCAGGAGUUCUAACAUCUACUUCAACUAUAGAUAAUAAAUAUGGAAAUACAAAUAAAGAUACAGUUGGUGGUAUAACAUCUAGCCAACCAAAUUUAGGUUGGACAAGUGAUACUUAUGCAGGUUGUUCUAAUACUGGAUCUGGAUCUGGAACAAAUUGUGCAAAAAGUACAGGUGCCUCUAACUCUAAUCAAGCACCUGUUAAAAUAAUCCAAUCAGAUCUUAAAAAAACUACUAAUCGUUCAAUGUCAGAAGGAAAUAGAGCUACUACAGCAUGUAACAAUUUACAUGGAAACUGUGGUAAUAGUAUAACAGGUGAAGAGACACAAUACCAAUCUACAUCUGUAGAUAGUACAAAUUAUUUGCAGAAUGGAUACACUGAUAGUACACGAAAAGAAAAUAAACCAAAUUUAUAUAAUCAACAAAAUACAGGACAAUGGAAAGAUCACGCUAAUAAAGAUAAUUCACCGAAUGGAGUUGUUGGUAAUGUGGGUGUAGGAUCAGGUUGUACUCCUGGAGUCUCUUCUGCUGCUUGUUCAAGUGAACCAUCAACUUUGCAAAAAAACACACCUAUUCCUACUCAAAUAUAUGGAACUGUUGGUAGUGGACCUGGUAAUGUGCAUGUAGGAAACAAACCACAUUCAUAUGAUCAACAAAAUACAGGACAAUGGAAAGAUCACGCUAAUAAAGAUAAUUCUCCAAGUGGAGUUGUUGGUAAUGUGGGUGUUGGAUCAGGUUGUACACCUGGAGUCUCUUCUCCCGCUUGUUCAAAUGAACCAUCAACUUUGCAAAAGAACACACCUAUUCCUACUCAAAUAUAUGGAACUGUUGUUAGUGGACCUGGUAAUGUAAAUGUAGGAAACAAACCACAUUCAUAUGAUCAACAAAAUACAGGACAAUGGAAAGAUCACGCUAAUAAAGAUAAUUCUCCAAGUGGAGUUGUUGGUAAUGUGGGUGUUGGAUCAGGUUGUACACCUGGAGUCUCUUCUCCCGCUUGUUCAAGUGAACCAUCAACUUUACAAAAAAACACACCUAUUCCUACUCAAAUAUAUGGAACUGUUGGUAGUGGACCUGGUAAUGUGCAUGUAGGAAACAAACCAUAUUCAUAUGAUCAACAAAAUACAGGACAAUGGAAAGAUCACGCUAAUAAAGAUAAUUCACCGAGUGGAGUUGUUGGUAAUGUGGGUGUAGGAUCAGGUUGUACUCCUGGAGUCUCUUCUGCUGCUUGUUCAAGUGAACCAUCAACUUUGCAAAAAAACAUACCUAUUCCUACUCAAAUAUAUGGAACUGUUGGUAGUGGACCUGGUAAUGUACAUGCAGGAAACAAACCACAUUCAUAUAAUCAACCAAAUACAGGACAAUGGAAAGAUCACGCUAAUAAAGAUAAUUCUCCAAGUGGAGUUGUUGGUAAUGUGGGUGUUGGAUCAGGUUGUACACCUGGAGUCUCUUCUCCCGCUUGUUCAAGUGAACCAUCAACUUUGCAAAAAAACACACCUAUUCCUACUCAAAUAUAUGGAACUGUUGGUAGUGGACCUGGUAAUGUACAUGCAGGAAACAAACCACAUUCAUAUAAUCAACCAAAUACAGGACAAUGGAAAGAUCACGCUAAUAAAGAUAAUUCUCCAAGUGGAGUUGUUGGUAAUGUGGGUGUUGGAUCAGGUUGUACACCUGGAGUCUCUUCUCCCGCUUGUUCAAGUGAACCAUCAACUUUGCAAAAAAACACACCUAUUCCUACUCAAAUAUAUGGAACUGUUGGUAGUGGACCUGGUAAUGUACAUGCAGGAAACAAACCACAUUCAUAUAAUCAACAAAAUAUAGGACAAUGGAAAGAUCACGCUAAUAAAGAUAAUUCACCGAGUGGAGUUGUUGGUAAUGUGGGUGUUGGAUCAGGUUGUACACCUGGAGUCUCUUCUGCUGCUUGUUCAAGUGAACCAUCAACUUUGCAAAAAAACACACCUAUUCCUACUCAAAUAUAUGGAACUGUUGGUAGUGGACCUGGUAAUGUACAUGCAGGAAACAAACCACAUUCAUAUAAUCAACCAAAUACAGGACAAUGGAAAGAUCACGCUAAUAAAGAUAAUUCUCCAAGUGGAGUUGUUGGUAAUGUGGGUGUUGGAUCAGGUUGUACACCUGGAGUCUCUUCUCCCGCUUGUUCAAGUGAACCAUCAACUUUGCAAAAGAACACACCUAUUCCUACUCAAAUAUAUGGAACUGUUGGUAGUGGACCUGGUAAUGUACAUGCAGGAAACAAACCACAUUCAUAUAAUCAACCAAAUACAGGACAAUGGAAAGAUCACGCUAAUAAAGAUAAUUCUCCAAGUGGAGUUGUUGGUAAUGUGGGUGUUGGAUCAGGUUGUACACCUGGAGUCUCUUCUCCCGCUUGUUCAAGUGAACCAUCAACUUUACAAAAAAACACACCUAUUCCUACUCAAAUAUAUGGAACUGUUGGUAGUGGACCUGGUAAUGUGCAUGUAGGAAACAAACCACAUUCAUAUGAUCAACAAAAUACAGGACAAUGGAAAGAUCACGCUAAUAAAGAUAAUUCACCGAGUGGAGUUGUUGGUAAUGUGGGUGUAGGAUCAGGUUGUACUCCUGGAGUCUCUUCUGCUGCUUGUUCAAGUGAACCAUCAACUUUGCAAAAAAACAUACCUAUUCCUACUCAAAUAUAUGGAACUGUUGGUAGUGGACCUGGUAAUGUAAAUGUAGGAAACAAACCACAUUCAUAUGAUCAACAAAAUACAGGACAAUGGAAAGAUCACGCUAAUAAAGAUAAUUCUCCAAGUGGAGUUGUUGGUAAUGUGGGUGUUGGAUCAGGUUGUACUCCUGGAGUCUCUUCUGCUGCUUGUUCAAGUGAACCAUCAACUUUGCAAAAAAACAUACCUAUUCCUACUGAAAUAUAUGGAACUGUUGGUAGUGGAUCUGGUAAUGUACAUGUAGGAAACAAACCACAUUCAUAUGAUCAACAAAAUACAGGACAAUGGAAAGAUCACGCUGAUAAAGGUAAUUCACCGAAUGGAGUUGCUGGUAAUGUGGGUGUAGGAUCCGGUUGUACUCCUGGAAUAUCCUUAUCUUCUUGUUCGAGUGAAAUACCAACUGUACAAAAGAACGUCCCAACUUUUUCUCAAACAUUUGGUACUACCGGUAGUGGAGCUUCUUAUCAAAAUAACAAAAAUUCUAACCAACCUAGUGGCUCAGGAAAUUGUGGUACUUUUGGUAGUAGCACAUGCAUAGGUAGCACAGGAUACCCCUUAGGAAGUUCUCAAACAACAGUUGGUGCUAUUGGAAAUGAGCACAAUAUUCAUGGACAAAGUGGUUCUGGAGAUAAAAAUUCUUAUAAAUGGAAUGGUACAAAUCCUUUCUUACAUGGAGGACAAGGCAAUCUGAGACCAGUUAUACAUACAACUAGUUCACCUAUAUUUAUUACGAACAGUCUUGAUGCAUUCGUUACAACUUCCAAACCUAUUGGUUUUGGUAAUCCUUUUCUAGAUGGUACCAUAAGUAAUACAUUCGGAACUCAACAUGAUAAACAUGAUGUAGAAGUAACUCCUAUUAAAAGUGAUGCUUUAAAUAAGCCUAUUGGUGUGGGAAAUCCAUUUCUAACGAACGGAAAUGGAGGGAGCAAAAGCAGUACUCCAAUGUAUUCUGGUGCAAGUAUAGGAAGCGUUUCAAGUAUCAGCAUUCUACCAUUAGUUACAACAACUAUUAAACCUAUUGGACAAAAUAAUCCAUUUUUGGAAGUAUCAGGUGGAAAUGUAGUAAACAAAUAUCCUCUUGGAGUACAUCCAAAUGUAGCUGAAAACAACAAAAAUGUACUCUCUGGAAGUGGAACUUCUGCAAAUAAAGAUUCAAUACAUUUUUCUAAAUCAGGAGUAGGAAUUACAUCUCCUGGAACUUAUUCAAAUACAAAUCGUGGAGUGAAGAGUAGUAAUCAGCAUAACAAAAUAUUUGGAAAUGUUGCAAUUAGUAAUGCGGGUUCUUCGAGUACCGGAAACAUUGAUACAGACAAAAGUACUGGACUCAAUAUUCCUAGUGCAUAUAAUAGUAAUAAUUCUGGUCAUGGUGUAAGUUCGUUGACAGGUACAGUUGGUAAUAACAAACCUUCUUACACACUUUCAACAUCUCCUGAAUUUUAUGAUUAUAAAAAUAUAUCACCAGAAACAAGUGGAAAUGGUGGUGCCACCAAUGACAAUAGAAAUUCUCCGUCCAAUUCUUUGAUUAAUGGAAAUAAUGCAAAUGGUCAAUUUAAUCCUCAAAUAACAAAUGCCGGAGCACAAUCAUUUGCAGGUGCUCAUGCCGGAAGUUUCGCUAGUUCUUUUAGUAGUUCUCAAGCUUCAAGUUCAAGUUCGAGUUUUGCCAGCAGUAAAUCUGGAUCAUAUACAGCUAAUGGAGAUCCGAAUAUUCUGCAUCAAUUGAACGGUAAUUGGCCGUUUGACAUUGCUAGAAGUGUGAGUGGAGCCAGUUCUUGGCCAUCCUUAAACGCAGGAUCGCACGCCUCUGCAUUUGCUAGCAGUAGUGUUGGCGGCUGGCCCGGAUCUGAACCGAUCAAUGUAAAAAGUUAAUAAAUUAAAUAUAAAAGCGCAAUUCAAAUAUGGAAGAAAGA